AUGUGGCUGUGUAUGUGGAUAUGUCAACACUUACAAUGCCAGUGGUGCAGCUUCAGUGCAGGCAGGGAGGAGUUAAUCCCGUCCCGGGGCGCUGUCUGCACCGGGGUUAGGUCGGCUUGCUCUGGGGAGUGGAUUUUUCACAGCGCUAAGCAACCUGUCGCUCUGACUUCUCAGUGUAGCCCAGGCCUGGUGUUGCAGAGUUGUGUGCCAGUGGGAGCUGCCCGGAGAGACGGCCGGGUUCCCGGCAGCCGCGCCAUGUUUGACGAAGUGGGGUGGAACAAGGAGGAUGGCGGGGAGGCUCUCAGCCAGGCUCUCCUGCAGCCUCAGCGCCGCCCUGCCCAGCACUGCCCCCCGGUGAGCCCCCCUGUCCCUCCAAAGACGUGGACUCACCUGCCUCCCAGAGGCUCCUUGCACAAGCAGCGCAGACGGCUCCUCGCGACCCUGCAGCGCCUGGAGGUUUCGAGCUGCACGGAGCCUCCUCAGAGCACCGGGCCCCUGUCGGGGGACAGCGAAUCUGAGUCUGACUCUGCGGACCGGGCGGGGAGGAAACAGCCCAGGAAACAGAGACGGGGCCUGAAACCCAGAGCUGCCUCCUCCCCCCGUAUCGCCCCAGGGGCUCCAAGCGGCUCCAGCGCUCCCCAGGCAGGGCCAGAGCCAGACCCAGCUGGCAGGAGACAGAGGAAAGAUUGUGCGGCAGAGGCCCCUGGGGACAAAGCGUGCACGCCCAGCAAAGAGCUGCCGAGCCGGGAGCCGGGCGCAGCCACUGGGGGGCCUGGUCCAGUGCUGAGCAGGAAGCAAUGGAGGAACAAACAGAAGAAUAAAAGGCGACAGAAGAACAAGUUCAAAGUGGGCGCGGGGCUGGAUGUGGGGCAGAGCCUGGACGUGGGGCUGGAUGUGGGGCAGAGCCUGGGCGGGGGGCUGGAUGUGGGGCAGGGGACCUCGGCACUGCCCCCGUCGGAGCUCUCGGGGGCGCUGCGGGCCCGGAUGGAGGAGCGGCUCCAGUCAGCCCGUUUCCGCUACAUCAACCAGCAGCUCUACACAUCCAGCAGCCAGGAGGCAGCCCGGCUCUUCCAGCACGACCCUGCUGCCUUCGCCAUCUAUCACCGCGGCUUCGCCCGGCAGGUGGGGCGCUGGCCCGAGAAUCCGGUUCACCGCAUUAUCCAAUACCUGCGGGGGCGGCCGGCCUCGCUGGUGGUGGCAGAUUUUGGAUGCGGCGACUGCAAGAUUGCGACCAGUGUCAGGAACAAGGUUCACUCGUUCGACCUGGUGGCUCUGAGCCCACGUGUCACUGCGUGCGACAUGGCCAAGGUGCCGCUGGCAGACAAGUCUGUGGAUGUCGCCGUGUUCUGCCUGGCGCUGAUGGGCACCAAUCUGCGGGAGAUCCUGGAAGAGGCCAACCGGGUGCUGAGGCCAGGGGGCAUGCUGAAGGUGGCAGAGGUCGCCAGCCGCUUCGCAGACAUCCGGGCCUUUGUGAGUGCCGUGACUCAGCUGGGCUUUCAGAUUGUCUCCAAGGACCUGGACAAUCCCUUUUUCUACAUGUUUGAUUUCGCCAAGACGGGGCCCCCCCGGGCUGGGGGGAAGCUGCUGGGCCUGGCGUUGAGACCCUGCCUCUACAAGAAGCGCUGA